AGGUUAGGUGACCAUUAAAUAUUUGCGGGCUUUGUGAUAGACGUGAAGGAGAGAGGUAAAGGAGGCAGCGAGGAGAGCGAACGACUUUGUUACUCCGCCCGAAAAUGUGGUGGGAGGGUGCUGAAGGGAAAAUGUGUGAGGGCAUCGGCGAGUUGGGACGCGUCUUUGGAGAGAAAAGGUAGGGGAGAGGGCUCCGCGUAGCUUCAGUGUUUUUUAUUAGUUCAAGCCCUCUCGGAAGGGGAUCCAUCGACUUUUUCGGCGGAGUUUCCAGUCACUGUGAGUCGGCGGAGGAGUCUCAGUGGGUUAGUUUCUUGAUAAUUGGACAUCCUGCCGUCCAUCCAAUGUGCGUAAAGGGGCUCUAUUUCCUCGGCGUCCUGUGUGGACUCGCAGCUUCAGGGGUGCUGCAGGUCAGCGGGAUGCGUAUCUACACAUCUGGGGAGAUGGAGGCAGUAAACGGGACGGAUGUUCGUCUGAAGUGCACAUUCCAGACUUCUUCUCCAAUCAACCACAAUACAGUUGUCAUCUCCUGGACCUUCAGACCUCUUAAACCAGGCCGAGAAGAGUCGGUGUUUCACUUCCAGCAGAAAGCAUAUCCCCCUCUGGAGGGAAUCUUCAGGAAGCGUGUCGUUUGGGCUGGCGACAUCAUGGGCCGUGACGCCUCCAUCAUUAUUCAGCAGGUCAAGUUUACCUACAAUGGCACUUACAUCUGCCAGGUGAAGAAUCCGCCGGAUGUUCAUGGAGCGGUCGGAGAGAUUCGACUCCGUGUGGUCACCACAGCUUCUUUUUCCGACCUUGUCCUUCUGGCAUUGGCCAUCGGGGGCGGCAUCACUGCUGUGGUCAUCCUCCUCAUCAUCAUUUUGUCCUGCAGGAGGUGCAAGAAGAAGAGCCAGAGAGAGCAGGAAGGCAACGAGGAGGCUCCGCGAAAAAAAGAAAGAAAAGACCCCACUGCGUGCCACCCGUCAAGGGCCGUACAUCUUUACAUGUCACAGACGUCCAUAGAGAUUGACAGUUCAGACGGCAUGAUCUCAGAGGCCAGCACCAAAGACCCCAGCUCCUCAGAGUCGGAGGGCCGGAGCACAGACGAAGAGGAUGACGACGACUCUGACUGAGGAGGUGGGAACAGACAGAGAGACAGAAAACAGAGGUGUGAUGCCAGUCAGGAAGCUCGCUGGAAUGAUGCCCAGAUGGCACGCAUGAAUUCCACAGAUCAUCCGAGUGGAGACGAGGUGAAAAGAGCCGAGCUGCUGUGUCGAAAAACAAGCACAUUGUUGAAGAAUGGGAGGAAAACUAAGUCAUGUUUUGGUAAAUUUCCGAACAAGAACAAAGAUGAAGGAUUUGAAAGGGAUCAAAAGGGUGGAUUCUUUACUUUUGAGUGAGUCAGGAAAUAUUCAGAUGUUGAAAGAAAUGCUGGAUUAAAUCUGCAUGGCUUCCAAUCUUAGAUCCUAGCAGCUGGAUUGGCUAUCCUCCUCAAAGUGAAAAGCACACAUUUGUAUUUAUAACUGUUGUUUGCAGCAUGGACCUUGUAAGGUGUGGAAAGUUGAUACACAAUCAGCUGAAACAUGCAACUGAAGGAAGGAGACGUUUUCUGCCAUGAUGAGCCAUAUUAAAACCUUCAAGCCUGGUUUAUACUUCUGCCUGAAUCUACACUGCAGCUACGUUGUAGUGGCCUAUACUUUUGUGAGCACUACUUACUUGUGCCUUGGUGUGUAUGCGUAGCUCUGCAAUAAUCCUCCUACAAAUGCUAGUUGGCAGUCUGAUUUCUAUAUCGCUAGUUAUCGGUUACAACACAUUCUCUGCUUGUUUGUAAGCAGGAAACCAUGGCCACUAAAACCAAGCGUAUUAUGUUGGAUUUGGAGAUGAUACAUUGAGCAGCAGUUUACUGUACUAGCUUGUAGCGUGCUUCCUUUUGCAGAAUUUUGAAAAUGGCAGUGAUACCAGAAAUGUUGUGAAUGCAGAUCAUACAAUGCCAUACUGUGGUCCAAUCACAUGGCGUGGGGUUGCAUUGUUUUGACUUGUAGUCAUUUAAGAGGAGAUGCACGUCAGGCAGGGAGUUCAACAUCCUGCAGUUCGUCGAGUGUCCACUUGAGGCCGGCUCCAGGAACACCAGUAGUCACAUACACACCACAGGCAAACAAGCAGUUUUUACAGCAUAAAUAAACAUGUUUACAGCCUAGUACAAAAAAACAAAUAGGUCUGAUUAGUUAUUAUCCUAACUGGCAUACACUGUAAGGAGGGUGAUUUUUUUAAACAACUCUGUUUUGAUUUUGAGAACGAUACAUGUUAUCCAGAGUUAGGCGCGUAGCUGACCUGAUUGACAGGAGGGCGCGAUGUAACGGUUCAUCAAGAGGUUUAAAACCUGCCUCAGCUCCAGCUCUCAGCCUGUCGUUAGGUUGACUGAAAGUUAGGUUGACUGAAAGUUAGGUUGACUGAAAGUUAGGUUGACUGAAAGUUAGGCUGACUGAAAGUUAGGUUGAGACAGGAUUUCCAUCACGGUGGCUGCUGCUGAUGAGCCUCCAGAUCACCUUGCAGGAACAGAUGGCUGACGUCACUCAGGCUUAAUACAUUCAUAUUUAUAGUCUAUGGGUCAGGCUUCUGUGUAGGUUCAGGGCUAUGCAAACAUGCAGCGUAUGCCACGGUGUAGAUUCGAUACAGAAGUAUAAAUCAGGGUUUACCAUUGGAUUAUCUGUCAUAUAAUAGCUUCACAUUUAAGAGUCAUUUUGGGUUCUAUAGUCCUCCAGUCCUGCAUUUCAGUCAGUUAUGCACGCCAUCAUAAUCAUUGCAAGCACCAAAGCAUUUGUUAAAAGUGGUUUCAUCCUGUUCCCAUAGGCUGAGGGCUAAUGUCACAUCAGAUUACAUGGAUCAAUAAGAGUACAUGUGACGUUGCUGUCAUUCAGUCGGACGGCCAAAUACAUGAUCAUUCAGCGGGUGGCCACAUCCCCGCACUUGUCCGGAGUGCUGUGAGGGAGCGUGCAGUCAGAUCUGAAAACCCUUUGAUUUGCAAAAUGUCCUCAAGAGCCUUUUUUUCUCUCUCUCUCUCUCUCCAUGUGCCUGUGAAUGCAGCACAUCUACUAACAAGUGAUUGUAAUACCUGUCUUCCUCCCUUUAUGUGACAGAUUUUUGUACUUGUGAUGUAAUACUGAGCUAUUGGAUAAUAGAUGUUUUCCUAUUUUUUGUUUGUUUUAGAUAAUGCCAGAAGUAUUUUACCAUGUUCUUUAAAAAAACGUCCCUGUCUGUGUUUUGUUAUAGAGCUUUUAUAAAGAAAAAGAUUUUCUAAUAAAAAUGCGUUUUUAAAUCUC